GCCCUGAGCGGUGAUCGGAGCAACGCAAGCAGGGUGCUGCUGAACUUGAGCGAGCUUUACGCGCGGCGCGCCGAGCAGGGGCUGGACGGGGGAGAGUUCGGGGAGGCUCAGUACUCCCUCUUCCUGCGCUGUGCCGAAACAUGUGAGGAGGCAGUGCGCCUCAGCGAUGGAACGCUCGGCAAGCGAGAAGGUGCAUUUGCACACCUCCGACUGGCCGUCCACCUCUCUCUGCGAAUCCCGAACCAGAGUUCUCUCGGGGGCAGGAGAAGGGAGACAAUCGUGGAGUUGGCAGACCGACACUUAGGCAAGGCGCUGCGCCUCUUUGAUGAGAUCAAAGACGAGCGGGAAGUCGCUGUCUGCCAUUUCCACAUGGCGGACCUAGUACUCCAAGAGCAGAAGGUGCCGGGCGCCGCCCCGCCGUCGAAAGCUCGACUGACAUCCGCAUUGCGGCAUGCAAAGCGCAGCGCCGAAUUCUGGGAGAAGAACGGCGUGCGUGCACACGCAAAG